CAGCGGCAGUGCGAACCACUUCCUGAGUGCAGAGUUCAGCGCUAACAUGCGUCUUCCAUUGGAGUAGCAAUGCCAAGGAAGUGUGCGGCCAGUUUUAAGUUCACGCUGCUUGGAAGUUGAUCUGUACCUGCGUUUUCUUUUCUUCUCGCGUUUCGUGUGUCGAACAUGUCAGUGAACGCAUCAAAGCACGAGCUGACCCAGCUGAUCUACCGACAUUUGAAGGAGCAUGGCUUACACUCCGCUGCAGAUGAGCUACAGAGGCUCAGCCCACAGGAGGAGUCUAAAACAUCUGCAUCUUUAUUGGACAUCUACAAUUCGUGGUUGACUGGCUCAAAGAAGAAGAAGAUGCCAAAUUCGUAUAAGCACUCUGGUUUUGAAGCACAAGAAAGAACACUAACUAAAGCCAAGACAAAGAAAAAAGACAAAUCUGCAGAGAAACCAAAAAAGUCUGUGCCAGCAAAAAGGAAAAAAAGUGAUGGAACGUCUGCAGAAAAUGUCCCCAAGGCAAAAAAAACCAAGACGCAAUCAAAAAACAAGGUUGUGGCUGCUGGAGGAGAUAAUUCAGACUCAGACAGCAGUCUGGAUUUAGAUAAAUGGAAGAAACUGAUCUUCCAGAUGACCGAGUCCGACUUAGCCAAGAUGGAGACCAUCAAUGCUCUGGAGUCGUCUGCGCCACCACCCCGGAAAAAGAGGGUGAGGACGCCCCGGGCCAAGCCCCCCGCUAAAAGAGACGCUCCUGUCCAACAGAAUAACGGUGGAAGUGGAAAGGAUGGACAGGUGGAGGAGAAGGCUAUGGCAGAAUCCUCAACAAAGAACAUUACAGCCAAAAGGAGCAGGCCCAAAAAGACUGCCCUUGGCACCUCCUGCGCCCCCCCGAUCGCUGUAGGAGACCGACUUGCGACACCCGUCCCUUCCCCGUCAAAACGGACACCAGAGAAAGUGGAAAGGAAAGAUGUGACUCCUAGUAAAGACAAAACUGAUGAGACAAUGCCGGAGUCCCAGAAGAAGAAGAAGAAGAGGAGAAGGGUGGAGAUGACUGAAGGAAAUGUGGAAGAGACUACACAUGAGACGGGGGGCGAUGGAAAAGAUAUAGACAGUAAAGAGGAGACACAAGAAACGGAUGAGAUGACAUCUGAGCCCCAAAAGAAGAAGAAAAAGAAGAUGACUGGAGGAAAUGUGGAGACUACACAUGAGACGGCGGGCAAUGGAAAAGAUAAAGACAGUAUAGAGGAGACACAAGAAACGGAUGAGAUGACAUCUGAGCCCCAAAAGAAGAAGAAGAAGAAGAAAAAGAUGACUGGAAGAAAUGUGGAAGAGACUACACAUGAGACGGCGGGCGAUGGAAAAGAUAAAGACAGUAUAGAGGAGACACAAGAAACGGAUGAGAUGACAUCUGAGCCCCAAAAGAAGAAGAAGAAGAAGAAAAAGAUGACUGGAAGAAAUGUGGAAGAGACUACACAUGAGACGGCGGGCGAUGGAAAAGAUAAAGACAGUAUAGAGGAGACACAAGAAACGGAUGAGACGACAUCUGAGCCCCAAAAGAAGAAGAAGAAGAAGAAAAAGAUGACUGGAGGAAAUGUGGAAGAGACUACACAUGAGAUGGCGGGCGAUGGAAAAGAUAAAGACAGUAAAAAGGAGACACAAGAAACGGAUGAGAUGACAUCUGAGCCCCAAAAGAAGAAGAAAAAGAAAAAGAUGACUGGAGGAAAUGUGGAAGAGACUACACAUGAGACUGGGGGAGAUGGAAAAGAUAAAGAAAGUAUAGAGGAGAAGCAGGCUAAAGACCCAGAGCAAGAGAUAAGAAACCAGAUAGUUGAAGAGAAGAAAAUUAAAAAAAAGCACAUAGCCGAUCAUCUUGAGGAGGUGUUGGAGGGGAGAGCUGAAGGAGAUGCAAAGACAACGGUCAUUUACAGCGAGGAAAAUCCACCGCAGAAUACUGAAAUGAAGAGGAAGAAGAAAAAGAAUGCAUUAUUGAAAAAUAAUUACACCGAGCUUCUAGCUCCCCCCAACACUGAAACAUCAAGCCCUUCAGCAGAGAAGAAGAAAAAGAAAAUCCAGGCGCAAUCAGUUGAAGUCAAAGUUUCCAUCGAAGACGUUGCAGGAACACAACCACUACCCGGUGACCCGCCCCACAAGAAGAAAAAAAAUCCUCCACAAACGCAGAGUCUCGAAGAUGUUUGAUUCUUCAUCAGAUCAAAAGGAUGAAGGCAACGGAUCCUUUAUUCUCCACUUCAUGUCAUUUUUUUAAUGGUUCAAAGGAUGAAAUGAAAGGCGUGAAUAGUUUUUUAUUUUAAUACAUUUAUAUGAGUUCCACUGUGUGUGGCAUACAAUACAGUUUUUUUUAUUUUGGUUUUUAUCUGAUAUGUCAUUUUAAUGUCAUGAACAUUUUAAAGGGAUGAAUAACUCAUUGCUGUAUGUAAAACAUGUCCCCUCUCAAGAUGUCUUGGAUUGAGAAAAUGUCCCUUUUAAGCGCAUUUCAUGACAGUCUUCACUCAAAACAUUUUUUGACCUGUUUUAUAUAUAUAUUUUUAAACAUCUGAAAACAAAUUGAACUGCAACUUUUUUUAUUGGGUAUACCUGUGUUUUUUUUGUACCCGUGUUUUGAAAAAUGUUUUUUUAAACGUUUGAUAAAGCUUUCUUGAUUUCAUUGUAAAUAGGUGUAUUUAAUACAAAUUAAACCCCAUGUGGACGGAGAGAAGAUGAA